CGCCACUUAAGCGCCGUCGGGGGCCGCUCCGGGGCAGUGCGGUGCUGGUCGCAGUGGGCUCAUUCUCCCGGCAUCUUUUUACCCCUCCAAGCCCAUCGGGAUGACAGUGAAGGCAGCCGAGGCGUCGGGUCCCACCUUGACCUACGCCAAGAUGAGGGGCAUGGUGGCCAUCCUCAUCGCUUUCAUGAAGCAGAGAAGAAUGGGGCUGAAUGACUUCAUUCAGAAGAUAGCCACCAACUCCUAUGCAUGCAAGCACCCUGAAGUUCAGUCUAUUUUGAAAAUCUCCCAGCCUCAAGAGCCUGAACUUAUGAACGCUAAUCCUUCUCCUCCGCCCAGUCCUUCGCAGCAGAUCAAUCUUGGUCCAUCAUCCAACCCACAUGCCAAACCGUCAGACUUCCAUUUCUUAAAAGUGAUCGGAAAAGGCAGUUUUGGGAAGGUUCUCCUUGCACGGCAUAAGGCAGAAGAGCAGUUUUACGCUGUCAAAGUCCUGCAGAAGAAAGCAAUCCUGAAAAAGAAGGAGGAAAAGCACAUUAUGUCAGAACGCAAUGUCCUGCUGAAAAAUGUGAAACACCCCUUCCUAGUCGGACUUCACUUCUCCUUCCAAACUGCCGACAAAUUGUAUUUUGUCCUAGACUACAUCAAUGGUGGAGAGUUGUUCUACCAUCUCCAGAGGGAGCGUUGCUUCCUGGAACCAAGAGCCCGAUUUUAUGCUGCUGAAAUUGCCAGUGCAUUGGGCUACCUGCACUCCCUGAACAUAGUUUAUCGUGACUUGAAGCCAGAGAAUAUUCUGCUUGAUUCUCAAGGGCACAUUGUCUUGACUGACUUCGGACUCUGCAAAGAAAACAUAGAGCACAACGGCACAACCUCCACCUUCUGCGGCACACCCGAGUAUCUUGCUCCUGAAGUUCUGCACAAGCAGCCCUAUGACAGGACUGUGGACUGGUGGUGCCUUGGAGCAGUCUUGUAUGAGAUGCUUUAUGGCCUGCCGCCCUUCUACAGCAGGAACACAGCAGAAAUGUAUGAUAACAUCUUGAACAAACCCCUGCAGCUGAAGCCAAAUAUUACCAACUCUGCUAGACAUCUCCUGGAAGGCCUUCUGCAGAAGGAUAGGACAAAGAGGCUUGGUGCCAAGGAGGACUUUAUGGAGAUUAAGAGUCACAUCUUCUUCUCCCCAAUUAACUGGGAUGAUCUCAUUAAUAAGAAGAUUACCCCCCCUUUUAACCCAAAUGUGAGUGGCCCCAGUGACCUGCGGCACUUUGAUCCUGAGUUUACAGAUGAGCCAGUCCCCAACUCCAUCGGCCAGUCUCCAGACAGCAUCCUCAUCACCGCCAGUGUCAAAGAAGCUGCUGAGGCUUUUUUGGGCUUCUCAUAUGCCCCACCCGUGGAUUCUUUCUUAUGAACAUUUUUCUUUCUUUCCCUUUUUAAUAAUAAUAAUUAUUUUUGGUUUUGUUUGGCCUUCUGGUGGAACUGCCAGUUGACCGGUCAUCUUGAAACAGAAUUUGCACAUUUCCACCAUGGCAGCUUUGCAGCCUUAAUUUCAACUACACUGUUCGCUGGAAGCUUUUUUGAAGAGCACAUCACUCUCUGAAUGAGCGUUACAGGCUUUUCAUUUCCAUUCGUUCUUCCCCCAAAGUGGUGCUGUCUCCUUGGGAAAGAAAAAUAAAAGUGACUGCUGCCAUAGGCUGCUACAGCAGAUUGUAGGAGUAAGAACAAGCAGUUUUGAAAUCAUGCUCUGAAAAGCCUUGUCUGAAGAUCUAUCUGCACGUGAUGAGGAUUUUAUGAAAUGUGCCUUUUUCUGAUGAGAUCUUGUUAGCUCCAAAGCUUUCCCUGUUGCAGAGUGUGUUUCUUAGUUCAUUUAUGUGGGUUUACUAUGUGAACAAAUGGUAUGCGUGUGGUCUGCGUACUACAGAUGGACUUAGUGUAAAGCAUCAAUGUGACACUUGCAGGAUACCACAAUGUGGGGCAUUGUUUGUUUCUUCCAUAUUUGGAAGAUAAAUUAAGUGUAAUUUUGAAAUUUUUUUUUGUAAAUCUAUACAGUCAACUAAAAUUAUUGAAAUGGGCUCACAAUUACUUGUAGCCAAAUGCUUGAAGAAAGCAUUGCUGCUAUGAAAAGAUUUCUAUUUUUAGAAAGGGUUUUUAUGGACCAAAAUGCCCCAGCUGCAGUCAGUCAAAGCUGUUGGUUUCUUCCUUUUUUUUUUUCUUUUUUCUUUUUUUUUCUUUUUUGUUUAAAAGAUGUCAUCUGUAAAAUGGGCAUUAUUUAUGGUUUUGGGUUUUGGGGGUUUUUCAUUCCUGAUUGUAUGUAUUGUAAAGAAGAUCUGUACAUUCAGUUGUAACUCUAGAUGUAUAUUUAAACUUACAGACUUACUUGUAAUGUAUACUAUCAUUGUAAUGUAAUAUAAUUAACAUGGUUAUAUGUAUCAUAUUUUUUUUGUGACCAAACCCAUUGGUUUGCAGUAAAAUCUUGAAAAAUA